AUGGCGCUCUCCACCACCACCAAGCUCUUCCCGGGCAUCAAGCGCGCGACGGAGCUCGUCCUCGUCAAGGGCCAGGGCAGCCGCGUGACCUGCAGCGGCGGCCGCGACUACCUCGAUUUCACCUCGGGCAUCGGCGUCACGAGCACGGGCCACUGCCACCCGACGGUCGUCGACGCCGUCCAGCGGCAGGCGGCGACGGCGAGCCACCUCCAGAUGAGCGUGGGCUACCACGACCGCAUGCUCGAGCUCGUCGAGCGCCUCGAGCCCUUCACCAUGGGCCUGGGCAGCUUCUUCUUCGCGAAUUCCGGCGGCGAGGCCAUCGAGGGCGCGCUCCGCCUCGCGCGGCAGGCGACGGGCCGCAGCGGCGUCAUCGCCUUCCAGGGCGGCUACCACGGCCGCACGGCGGGGGCGUUGGCCGUGACGAGCUCGAGCGUCGGCUACCGCGGCGCGGACGCGGGGCCGUUGCCCUACGGGUCCUUCUUCGCGCCGUACCCCUACGCGCACCGCGGGGUCAGCGACGACUUCGCGCUCGCGCAGCUCGACUUGCUCGUGAAGCAGCAGGUCGCGCCGUCGGAGGUCGCGGCGGUCUUGAUCGAGCCCGUGCUCGGCGAGGGCGGCUACGUGCCCGCGUCGCCGGACUUCCUGCGGGCCGUGCGCCGGUUCUGCGACGACCACGGCGCGCUGUACAUCGCGGACGAGGUCCAGUGCGGCGUCGGGCGCACGGGGGUCAUGUACGCGGCGGAGCGCGCGGGCGCGGCCGCGGCGCCGGACAUCCUCGUCACGGCCAAGGGCCUCGCGAGUGGCUACCCGCUCUCGGCCGUCGUGACGCGCGCCGACAUCUCGGCGACGCAGCUCAAGGGCUGCAUGGGCGGCACCUACGGCGGCAACGCCGUCGCGUGCGCCGCGGCCGUCGCGACGCUCGACGUCUUCGCCGAGGAGCGCGUGCUCGACAACGUCGCGGCGCGCGGCGCCCAGGCGCGGGCGGCGCUCGACGAGCUCGACGCCGCGCUGCCGGGCGUCGUCGGCGACGUCCGCGCCGCGGGCCUCAUGAUCGGCGUCGAGUUCGAGGACGGGCGCCCGGGCAUCGCGGGCAAGGUGACGAAGCACUGCGAGGACCGGGGCCUGCUGGCCCUCGCGACGGGCGUCCACCAGGCCGUCCGCCUCAUCCCGCCGCUCACGAUCUCCGAGGCCGACAUGGCCGAGGGCCUCGCGAUCUUCUCCGAGUCGGUCAUGGCCGCCGCCGCCGAGGCGGACGAGGAGCGGGUGGCGGCGUAG